AUGUCGCUUUUCCGCCAAUCGACACAGGCACUGCGCACUGCCGCAUCCGCAUCCUCAAGCGCACGAUGGAUCUCCACUUCUUCGGUCCUUCGCAACACUGCCAACCCCAACACCUCGCCAGCACCCGCCAAGCGCACCGACAACCAGGAGCGAGACCUUCCCGCCGAGCGACUUCAGCGACAUGAGCAGGCUGUCGCCGCUGACCUUAUCAGCAGCGCACCUGAGGAGCUGCACCAGCGAACCGUCCGAAUCUUCCGUCCUGCCAAGACGGCCAACUCGUCCGGCAAGGCGGGCACCAAGGUUUGGCGUGUCGACUUCGAUAUCCUUCAAGGUUCCGCACGAUGGGAGAACCCUCUGAUGGGCUGGGCUUCUUCGGGCGACUACAUGCAGGGCACUUCGCUCAAGUUCCGAUCCAAGGAAGACGCUAUCCACUUUUGCGAGAAGCAGGGCUGGGACUACCACGUCACAGAACCCAAGGUGGCGCGCAUCCCGCCCAAGAGCUACGCUGCCAACUACAACCACAUCCCCGGCAAGCUCAGGAUCCAUCACACCAAGUGA